UACCUCAAGACAAAGGCUUAAAAUAUAAAGCACUGUCUUAAGAGCAUAAGACAGCCAUUCUGUUCAGGCUCUUAGGCUGAUGGCAAACAGCGAUCGGUAAACGGUCAAGACUGUCUUAGUCGUAGACGUAACGCAAGGCAGAGAGAAGCGUAAGUCGUGAAAGGCUAUUGUAUACGACUUACGUUUGUUUUCUGCCUUUCCUUAUGUGGCGUCUACAAUGAGACCUUUAAGACGUAAGAUUUAAGAAACUGACCAAUCGCAGUCGAUUAUUCUCUUCGCAUUCGAUUGCGAUAGAUCACUCUCGUAAAUCUUACGUGGUAAGGGUCUCAUUGUAGACGCCGCAUUACGACUAAUUGUAAGACAGUCUCCAGCGAGAAAUGUCACCCGUUAAUGUCGAAACGAUUCGACAUCGACUGGGAAGGUUUUACUUCGCACAAAUUGACGACUAUGUAUACGAAUUGUUAACUCAAGCCCGCAUCAGACUACGGAUUGAGAUUGAGAUUAAAUUGAAAUUUGACCAAUCGGAGUAAAGUUCACUAAUCUAAAGUUUCGUGACUUUUACUCCAAUUGGUCAAAUUUCAAUGCAAUCUCAAUCUCAAUCCGUAGUCUGAUACCGAGUGUUGCAGUUAUUUUUGUUACUCGAUAAGGUCCUUGAAGUUAGGGUCGAGAUGCUGUAGUUGAAUUAAUUAAACUUGCCAGUUGGGUCGACGAUAAGGAGCGCCAUUUACGUGAACUAAUUCCUGGCGACAAUAAGAAAGAACCUUAUUUCGUUUCAUGUAAAAUUAUAGCGGCUAAUAUUGGGACCAUUUAUUAUUAACCAGCUUGCUUUUAAUCCCGUAAUUUCACCGUCAAGUGUGAACCAUUAUUUACGCAGCAAAAGUAAAAAAAAAGAGCUAAUUUUGGUAAAGCCACGUGAAUUUAUACACUUUAACGGUGUAAUCGUUGCGCUCGUUAUUCGCGUAAUUUUACGUGCUCUUUUUACAGCGCGGUCCCUCCGCACCGCUUCGCUCCCGGUGUCGCUCCGAAUUAUUCCGGCUGCGGUAGCGUGUAAUCGCUUUGCUCCUGCCUGCCAGCUAAUUUACCAGCAGCCUGCGUAUUUUUCAUAUUUUCCGCUUGCCCUCGCAACGGCAUUUUCGCUCGCCCGUGCCAUUAAUAUUCAUCAGCAUGAAACUACGCGGACGCUCGUAGAAUGUUCAUCAGUACGAGCUCGAAUGCGCAAAUGCAACGUCCAAUUAACGCUUGCGUCGCGAAACUCUGAGGAGGAGGAAGAGGAGAAGUCCGGCAAAUUUAGCAGCCUGCCGCUCGCGAGUUUCAAUUUCAUCAACUCCAUCAUCGGCAGCGGCGUCAUCGGAAUACCGUACGCUCUGCAUCAAGCCGGCUUCGGCCUCGGCAUCGCCCUGUUAAUUUUGGUAGCGGCGUUGACCGACUACUCGUUAAUUCUUAUGGUGCGAAGCGGACACAUCUGCGGCGAGAUGAGCUAUCAGGGCCUGAUGCGUGCGAGUUUCGGCCGCGCCGGCUUCUACAUUCUCACGGCGCUCCAGUUCGUUUACCCGUUCAUAGCGAUGGUCUCUUACAACGUCGUCGUCGGCGACACGGUCACGAAGGUUCUGAUAAGAGUGACGGGGAUGGAAGAGACCAACAUCCUCGCUCAUCGGCAAGUCGUCGUCCUCCUGGCGACCCUCUGCAUCACCAUCCCGCUUUGCCUGUACAGAAACGUCGCGCGGCUAGCGAAGAUCUCCUUCCUCUCCCUGGUCUGCGUCGGGUUCAUCCUCGUCGCUAUCUUCAUCCGGAUGGACACGAUGUCCGCCAUGGUCCCGAGUCAGAAGGACAGCUGGAGGUUCGCCAAUUUCCCGGGGGUCGUCCCGUCCGUCGGUAUAAUGGCGUUCGCCUUCAUGUGCCACCACAAUACCUUCCUGAUUUACGGCUCGAUCGAGAGAGCGACCCAGCAGAAGUGGGACGUGGUAACGCACUGGUCCCUCUUCACGUCCUUCCUGAUCGCCGCGGCCUUCGGCGUCGUCGGCUACGCGACCUUCACGUCGUACGUUCAGGGCGACCUCAUGGAGAAUUACUGCUGGGACGACGAUCUGAUGAACUUCGCCAGGGUCAUGUUCAGCGGCACCAUACUGCUCACCUUCCCGAUCGAGUGCUUCGUUACGCGCGAGGUGCUCGUGACGGCGAUCAAGGGCACGGACGAACUGGAGGGACACGAGGCUUACGUGCCUAACUCGGACCGCAAGUACCUGAUAAUCACCUUGACGAUAGUAUCCAUGGCAUACCUGAUCUCCAUGUUGACGGACUGCCUCGGCGUCGUCCUCGAGUUGAACGGCAUCCUCGCCGCGGUGCCGCUCGCCUACGUUUUGCCCGGUCUGUGCUACCUCAAGCUCGAGGAGGGGCCCGUCCUCUCGUCCAAGAAGCUCCCGGCGCUCGGCCUGAUGACCGCCGGUAUUCUCGCCGCCGUCUCGGGCCUCCUGUUGAUGGUAAUCAACAGUUCAUCCGGUACCUGCUUCCACGGCAAAAUAAUGCCGUACUGCGUCGAGAAUUCGACGACGCUGCAUCUCGGCGUGACCACCGUGUCCACCGACAACUUCGUCCUCGGCACGGAGCGCGGGAUCUAAGUUCAACGGAUAAGCACAGUAAAUCGCUAGCUUAAUCGUAAGUCCUGCCCGAUUGUCGAAUGAAAGUAUAGCGUGAUUAAUUUUGCGGGACAAAUAACGCAGGCAUUUGAAUUGCUAUACAAGUUAAAUAAGAUGGCAGUACGUAUGUAUGUGUAACCAAAUCGAGAAAAAUCGGGAUUUGAUAUCGGCUCAUCGUCAAUAGCCCGCAUUUUGACGCAGCGCGUCCGAUAUAUAAUUGUUUCGAAAUUUCCAAACAGUUUCAAUUUUACUGCAAAAGGAAAAGAGGAAGUUUUCACGGGAUCCGAUAGAGCAGGAUUUUAUCCGCGAAUAGACAAAUGUAUUAUUUCAAUGAGAGUAUCCGAUUAUAAUACCGUGUCGUUAAAGGGAGAAUAAAACUGCGGAAACCAGUUGCGAAGCAGAUUUAAAGAGAAUAGCGAUUAUGCUAUUGUAAUGUCCUAAUUGAUCUCACAUUGCCGAAACAUUUUAUGCUGUAAAGUAUACUUUAAUAUUAAAUAUGUCCCAGUGAGCGCCAAGUAAUAGUUACAUAAAUCGAUAUUAUUAUUUCCUACUCAACAAUAUUAACGUAAUAUAGCACGCAUGUUACGUUGCUGAGUAGGAAGUUAUGCACUGAGAAAAAUGUCCGAUUAAAUACAAUCGGAUAAUUUAAUUGUAUAAUAACAAACGGA